GCAACCUGCAGUGUUUGACUGCGACUCUACGUCUGCUAUGAUAAGGAGCUUCACAAAUUCUAAAAGCAAUCGCAUUGAAACAGAUACCAUCAUUUUUCUGAUUUGAACAAACUCUUCACUUCGCUCGACACAGACAGGAAUCGUUACUGGCAUUGCAUCUUAUUAUUAAUCCAAGCUUAAUAAUAUUAUUUGUGGGUAUCCUGCUUACAGGCUAACCACAAUGUUAUACUAAAAAAUGUCCAGAUGUCCAGGUGCUAGGACGGCAAUUCACGAAUUGACACGACUACAUGACGAUGGUGCGUUAAGGAAAAUAUUCGAAAGUAUGAAAUUAAGGAAAUUCGUUAAAUUUUACUGGCAAUAGUUGAAAUAAACAUCUCAAAAUAUGAUACAGCACAAGGAAUUUGUCGUGAAAGGUAGCUGGUUAUUUGCUAGCAGCAGUGAUAUUCGCAGUGACAUUCGAAACACCAGGACUACGACUAUCAAAAAUAGCCUGAGUUGAGACUAACAAGAUCAGUUUGAUGAGACUCGCAGAAGUAUCGGGAGACGUUAUCGUGUGAACAAUCGUAUAUCUUCAGUCUUUACAGGGAAGGGAUUCAUUAUUUAAUAAUAAAACUGGUCGCUUUGAGACAGGCAGCAUCACUUUCAAGACUUCGUGAAAGGUAGUGGGAAAAUUUCUGACGCGAACACACUCUUUACUCAAGUCCAAUAGUCCAUGUUGAAUAGCAAACUGUUUCUUGAAAUGACGACUCUACGUCUUAUUUGGGGAGGAACUUCACGAAUCGUGAAACCGUUUGCUUUGAAAUUCGUACGAUCAUUUUGUCAUGGCUUGCAGAGGCAUCGUGGAAAAUUUCUUGUAGGAAUAACAAUCACUUCACUCCAGUCGACAGAGAUUUCAAACCUCAAAAGGGAUUCAACAGAAAAGAAAAUCAACAUAUUGUCUUUUGAUGGUGGAGGAAGUCGAGGUGUGAUGGAAAUAAAAAUUCUGGACGACGUUUUGCGACUUGCGACAAUCGUUUUGAGAAAUCCUGAGACGCUUAACUACCUUACAAACAAAGAUAAUGAUGAAAGCAUAGUGAAUCUCUUAGAAGGUCGUGCCGUUCGAGAACGUUUGAUCAAGGAUAUGGAAGCAGUUGAAGAUCCCAUUCAUCCCACAGAUGUUUACGAUAUGAUAGUUGGUACCAGUAUAGGAGGUUUAAUUGCAUUUAGUUUAGUUGGUGGAAAUAAAGUUGGGAAUGAUCACCAUGCAAGGGAACGGAUGACUAUAAAUGAGUGCAUUCAAAUAUAUCACGCAAAAGCUAAAGACAUAUUCAGAAAGUCAUGGCUACAAUGGCUUAUUUCACCUGCAUCUUGGUUUUUCAAUAUUCCACUGGUAGCAUAUUCGAAAGAUAACGUGGAGAAAAUUCUGCAUGAACAAUUUGGUGAUUGCUACCUAAGUGAUUUUAGUGGAGAGGAUCUUUCUAAACCCGUGGCUGGAGUUGUUGCGAGAAGACUUGGAAAAAAAGAAGGUCUCGUACUGUUUGAUACAGCAAGCGAAGACUACUGGAAUUACAAAGCCAAGGAGGUCUUGCUUGCAACUUCAAACGCUCCAGUUUACUUUGACACUCCAGUCAAAAUUGGCGAUGAAUACUUUGUCGACGGAGGUAUCGGUGGAAAUUGUCCUUUAAUAAAGGCGAUUGGUCGAGCUAUUAAAAUUUUUGCAAGUGAAAAUAAUUCUGCAAGAAUAGUUUCGGCUUUAUCUAUUGCACCUCCUCCCUCUUUGUGUCCAGAAGUUUCUAAUAAUGGUACUCUUUUAAGUUGGUUGCACUAUUUUGUGAAUCUAUCCACCGAUGCAAGUGCAGUGUUUGAAGAUGUUGCGGCAAAUAGUAAUUGGAAGGAUAUUUUGUUUCAAAGAUUGCUCCCUCGUGGUGAAAUAUUGAUGGGUUUUAAAUUCGACGAAGAUGAUACCCAAAAGAUGAUAGAUGCAAUGGAAAAAGUGAAGCUUGAUAAUGAAUUGUUUCUCUUGGACGUGGUCGCCUCUGCAAUGUUUGUCGUUCUUACGUUUCUUGAAAAAAAAUUAGAAAGUCCCCAUACCUCGCUGAGUGUUGCAGCACAUCUUUCUAAAGCUGCAGGACGUGCCUACCAAAGCAGAAAAGAUUACGAUUCGGCAAUUGUUUCUUACAAAGUAGGUCAACAACUACAAAGGAAAGUCAGCGAUUCUUGUGCUGUGUUUAAGUUUCCUUUUGAUAUUGCAAAAUGCCAUAAAGAAAAAGGAGAAUAUCUGCAAGCUAUCAGAUUAUUCGAAGCCAACAUAAAGGACCUUGAUGAGUAUCGUGAUGAUUCAAAGUACGAUCACUCAAGUUAUGAUGACCUGAUUGUUGAUAACUUGAUUGAAAAAUCUGGCUGUUACUUGCAAAAUUUUCAUUAUCACGAUGCUGAAAAGUGUCUGGAAAAAAUUUCCGAUGAUAAGUUCGGAUGUGAAAAGAAACGUAUUCAAGUAUUAAUUAAUAAAGCAUAUUGCAAGCAGAAACAAGGAAGUUUUGAGGAAGCUGUCAAUCUUUACAACGAGUUGGAUAAAUUUACUUUGGAUAACAUUGAAAAGGCGGAAAAACUUAAUAACAUUGGAUUAGCCUUCUUAGACGUUGGAAUGAAGAACGACGCUCUUGUGUAUGUUCGCCAAGCCCAAGAUUUGAGGAAAAGUGAAGAAAAAUGUAAUCCUCAUCUUGUCGCCGAAUCCCAUAAUAAUGUUGGGUUGUGUUUAGUUGAAAACGGCAAUUAUAGUGAUGCUUUGGAAAGCUUAGAGGAAGCUAGAAGAAUGGUCGUUGAGAAAUGUAUGGACCAAGAUAUGAUUAAAAUAUCUCACGUAUUUAAAAAUUUAGCCAAAUACUAUUUUUUAAAAGAUCCACCAAACUACGAUGAAGCUUUAAAAUACGCACAAAAAGCUUUGGAAAACAGAAAGAAGGAAGUCCUAAGAUAUGAUAAUCCAGGAAUUGCUACGAUCCGCUUGAUUAUGGGUAAUUGUCAAUUCAAAGUUGGAAAACCUGAAGAAGCAGAAAAAAAUCUUUUAAAAGCUUCGAGUAUUAUCGAAAGCCUCCUAUCAGAAAGUCAUCCGCAGCUCGCUGAAAUCUACGAUGCUCUUUCCCAACUGUAUGAAAAAAAAGGCGAUCCAAAGCUAGCGAAAGAGUAUGAAAAGAAAAAGACCAUCAUCUGUGAUAAGCUCGGGAAAAUACAGGAAACGAUGAAGAAAAUAACAUGCAAAUCAUAAGUGUUGGCUGUAUUUUUACUUUUAUUUUUUGUUAAUUUAGAGUCAUUUGCAUCCGCUAUUCUGUGGAACACUAGAUUUACGUUUUGAAUGGAACUGAAAUGAAAAAUUUAUCUCGAUAACAUCACGAAUUUAACAGCUCUAUUUUUUAAUACAAAUUUAUGUAUAUUAAUCAGUAGAGGUGUGCGCACAGUAUCUAAAAGCGUCAAUUAGUAGAACAGUCAAUUUUUCCAACAUCAAGGUUGUUCAAAAGUUUACUUCCUGUAAAUAGCUGUCCAAAUUUAGUAAAUGCUCGUAUCACUUACAUAGUUAAGCUUCAUAUUCAUGUAAAGGAAAUCAAUUAUAGCUUGUUAGCAACUUUGUGUA